AUGGUGAAGGAGGUUGCUCCUCCUGAAGGAGGUUAUGGUGGCGGUGGUGGUGAUUACGAAUCAGGGCAGAGCAGUCAGGCACACGGUGGUGGUGGUGGUUACGAGUCUGGACAGAGAGAUUAUGCACAUGGUGGAUGGGAUGGUUACGAAUCAGGGCAGAGUAGCCAUGCAACAGGAGAAGAGGGUUAUAGUGGAGAUGCUGAUGGUGACGAGGAGAAUGGCCACAAGGAGCAGCAGAUGGAAGAGGAAGAUACAGAUGGUGAAAGUGAUGUCGAUGAGUCGAAUGAGUCUGAUGAGGAAGGCAUGUUGGUAUACUCAGACGAUGACUUCGAGUCUAGCAGCAAGGUCAAGAGAGCUGCAUCGUCGAAUGGCAAAAGUGCCAACUCCUCGAAGGGAAAGGGUGCUGACCGGCGGCCGUCGACUCUGACAAUAACUUCGAGCCUAUCAGCAAGGGCAAGAGAGUUGCAUCGUUGA